AUGAAGCUGUAUUGUAAAUCAUUAGUGUUAAACAUGAACCGUGGCACCACAAUUGGUCACCUCAGCAUGGCGCUAGGGAUUUGUUCGUUGGUGCUUUUAUUGCUAGCAACAUAUACGGUGGAGGCCGCUAGUCACGAGGAGCUCGAAUCGGAUGCUACCGGCAGUGUGGCACACCGUGACGUGCAGUCGGAUUGGCCGAACUAUCAGUACCCGGAGCAUGCGGAUCAUCAGCAGCGUCGCAAUGGUCAUCGGGCCGGGCACCAUAAUGGUCGCCGACGCCAUCACCAGUAUCGGGCGACUAAGAAUCGACGCGUCCGUACACCGCAGGAUGGGCGCGGCCGGGUGAAGAAGAGCGGUGCGGGCAGUGUGACGGGUAAUCUGCUGGCUCAGGACACCGUCGGGCAGCUACCGUUGGCCGAUCUUAGGCAGACGCGCGAACGCAAACCCAACAUCAUCCUGAUCCUGACCGACGAUCAGGACGUGGAGCUCGGUUCGCUGAACUUUAUGCCACGCACGUUGCGGCUGUUGCGAGAUGGUGGGGCCGAGUUUCGGCAUGCUUACACCACCACCCCGAUGUGCUGCCCGGCACGUUCGUCCAUACUGACCGGCAUGUACGUGCACAACCACAUGGUGUUCACGAACAACGACAACUGUUCCAGCACAACCUGGCAGACCACACACGAGACGCAUUCGUUCGCGACCUUCCUGUCGAACGCUGGCUAUCGGACCGGGUACUUUGGGAAGUAUUUGAACAAGUACAACGGUUCCUACAUACCUCCCGGAUGGCGCGAAUGGGGCGGUUUGAUUAUGAACUCGAAGUACUACAACUACAGCAUCAACAUGAACGGGCAAAAGAUAAAGCAUGGGUUCGAUUACGCGAAGGAUUACUAUCCGGAUCUGAUAGCGAACGAUUCGAUCGCUUUCCUCCGGCAGUCGAAGCACCAGAAUCAUCGGAAACCGGUGCUGCUAACGAUGAGUUUCCCGGCACCGCACGGUCCGGAAGAUUCAGCUCCCCAGUACAGCCAUCUGUUUUUCAACGUAACUACGCAUCACACACCGGCAUACGACCACGCACCCAACCCGGACAAGCAGUGGAUCCUUCGGGUGACACAGCAAAUGGAACCAAUCCAUCGGAAGUUCACCGAUCUACUGAUGACCAAGCGGCUGCAAACGCUCCAAAGUGUCGACGUUGCGGUUGAGCGUGUCUAUCAAGAGCUGAAGGCACUCGGGGAGCUGGAUAACACCUACAUUAUCUACACGUCCGACCACGGCUACCAUCUCGGCCAGUUCGGUCUGAUCAAGGGCAAAAGCUUUCCGUUCGAGUUUGACGUGCGUGUACCGUUUCUUAUGCGCGGUCCAGGAAUCGAACCAGCGACGGUUGUCGAUGAGAUCGUGCUGAACGUCGAUUUGGCUCCAACGUUUCUGGAUAUUGGAGGUGUUGCUGCUCCAUCCAACAUGGACGGUCGCAGUAUCCUUCCGCUCGUGCUGAAUCGACACCGUACGGUGUUGGACAACUGGCCGGACACGUUUUUGAUCGAGAGCUCUGGCCGGCGUGAAACACCGGAACAGCUCCAGGAACAGAAGCAACGUGCAGCAGCCGCACGGUACAGUGCGCGCACUAAUAUGGUGCACGCCAACGGUUCACACCCGAAGCUCGUACCGGAAGUGUUGGCAGAGAGUCGCCAUGCGUUCGGGGAAGGAUCGAGCAGUACCACAAGCGUGACGGGUGAUCGAAAAGAGCUGGACUUUAGUUCGCACGAACUCGACGAUGAUGAGGAUGAACACGAUAUGGACGCAGAUGAUGAAGAUGAUCAUCUUGGAGUGGUUGAAAGUGAAACUGAAGCCAUUGAGCUGAAGCACAAUGAACAUCCAGAGGAUUAUGUGAUCGAUCAUCAGGAGGCUCAUACAUUUGAUCAAGCACCACCUCAGCAUGACAAUCAUCAUUUGGAUAAUCAUUUAACGCCCUACCGCACGAAGAUGGAUCGGCUAAACACGGAAUGUUCCAAUCCGGCUCUCCAGCAAAACUGUGUGCCCGGGCAGAAGUGGCAAUGCACGAGUGAAGAUGGGCGCUGGCGUAAGCACAAAUGUAAAUUCCACGGCCAGUUGCAGCAACAUUUGGCGGAGAUACACAAGAAAACCAAUAGCCACACGGAUGGACGUAAUUGUGCCUGCUUCACGCAGGAUAACUUUUUCUACACCAAGAUCAAAACGAAGCGUGAUCAUACGAAAUGGCAACCGAUGGGAACGGCACAGCCGACGGCAACGCAUCAGCCUAGGCGCCGGCGCACACGUCAGAAGCGAUCGGUAGCUCCCGAAGAAGGUGAUGAAGUGUUGCUGAUGGAUGCCGACGGACCAACCAUGAAAUCGUUGAUACAGGUUGCAGCGCGACUCGAUUCCCUAGAACGAUCGCUAUACGACGGUGAUUUUGAAGCUCAAGUACAGGAAGCUGGAGUGAGAACGAAACGUGACACAUCAUCACCUCACCCAUUGGCCGACGUACUUCAGAGAUUGCAGCAAACGGUCAUGGAAAUAGAACAAGAGUACGAACAGACAGUUAAAACUGUGGAAGAUGAGCGCCAGAACGACACUACGAGCGAAGGCUUAGAUGCGUACGGUGGUAUCACAAAGCGAUGUUCUGUAAUUGCGGCCGAUAAAAUCAACUGUUCGAAUGUGAUGUACGAAGAUGAGAUGAGUUGGCGACGGAGUCGUAUGAAGGUGGAUCAGCUGAUUCGCUUACUGAAGGACAAGAUUAAUGCACUGAAGGACAUCAAACGAAUGCUUCGUGAGCACAGACCCGCCGGCUACCGAGGGGAAGACUCGGAACCAGAGGACAUCGAAGACGAAGAUGAUGAGCCAAUCGACAGUAGGGUGGUGGGCGAACAUUCAACGAUUAGUACAACGUCCAGUACCACCACUGCGCCCCUUGUCACAGAGUCUUCGGAAGCAGUCGUCACUUCGGUUGGAAAUGGUUUACCCAGACGAAUACCCAACGGUGGCGUAGUACGUCGUCCGACAGGAAAGUAUCACAAUGGGUACGGACACCGUCGGAAGGUAUCGAAACCUACUCCUGAACCGGUGAAAGAAGAUGCGGAAGGGUCGUUGAUUGACAUGAGCCUUUUCCAAACGGAUGUUCAACCCUCUCCGUCUGGUACUUCUACGUACAAUCGUAGUGGUCACGGCGGUGGCAGACAUCGAGGCACUGGUGGGCAACAUCGUGGGCACCGAGGACGUCAUCGGGGAGAGUUCGGUGGACCGUACAAUGCAAGACCGUCUUCGGUGCCAACUUCCACUGUGAGUUCCGCCGUAUCUACCACACUGGGCAGUGAUAGACGAACUGCUUCAUCAACAGAGGCUAAUGAAGUAUCCGACAUCGUGCAUGAAAAUUCGUGGCCAACGACGGAAUCGAGCAGUGAAAUGACUAGCUCAAGUACUGUUGAAGUUGCCCAAAAUCAAUCGUACACCAGCGACGAACAGAUCUCGCCAAAUGCCAUCGAUGCCACGGUGGUUUUAUCAAGUACGACGACGGAACAGGCAUCCGUUAGCGUCGAUGCAAAUACGGUAGAUUUCCGAAGUACUAUCGAUCGCCAAAAGACGAAAGGAAAGUCCAACAAUAAUGUGAUAAAUAAUACCCAAGACACGCACCACACUGGUAACUCGGUGCAGCAGAAUAUGAUUCCAACGACUACAGUGGACGCAACUAACCCGCUGACUGAGUGCAUCUGUGCGGAAGAACCAGAAAGUCCAAUCGCAACGAUUGAUGAGAAGGAACUUGCCCGUGAAACUCGCCGACGGCUGAAAGAGGAACGCCAGCGGAAAAAGGAACGCAAACGCAUCAAGAAAGCCAAGAUGGAGAAGGAAUGUCUGUCCGAGCGAAUGAACUGCUUCAGCCAUGAUAGCAACCACUGGCGUACAGAGCCCAUGUGGGACGACAAACCGUUCUGCUUCUGUAUGAACGCGAACAACAAUACCUACAGCUGUUUGCGCACGAUCAACCAGACGCACAACUUCUUGUACUGCGAGUUCACCACAGGACUCGUGACGUACUACAACUUAAGGAUAGAUCCUUUCGAGACGCAAAACCGGGAAUCAUCCCUCACGGCAGAAGAGAAAGCAGUUCUGCAUGAUACGCUGGAGGAGAUGAAGCGUUGCCGUGGUAAAUCUUGCACCUUACCGAGACAUCCUCAUAACGCGCUUCCGGAGAGUAACAUGCUGCCUACGGGUGUUGGUGUCGGUGGGCCUGUUGGUGGUGGAGUUGGAAUUGGGGGUCGUCAAACAGGCGGAAUGUCUUACGGAGCCGGAGCGGGUGCUAAUAGACGAAAGUAUCAAAACCAUCGGGAUCACACUAUUCAUGGAGCUGGUACGUCGGGUAGUGUCGGAACAGUUGCACACUAUCCGGGAGAGUACGAAGGUGGUGUAAAUCACGCUGGUGCAGGCAUUGCACCCGGACCAACUUCAAAGAAAAAGAACAAAAACUGGAAAAGAAAACAUCACCAGCAACAGCAUAACCGGCGACAAUAUGUAGAACCCGCAGGAUUACCGGCAGAGAGUGACUUCAUUCCGGAGCUGCUACUACCGAUUGGUACCGGAAGUGCGACCAAGCGUAACCGCACCAGUCGUCGACCUGUCUGGCGAUCGAUCUACAAGGAGUAA